AUGUCAAAAUCAUUGAUAAAACCUAAGAGCAAUAAAGAAAGAUCUAGAGCUCACCGACAGCGCAAGAAGAAGUUUAUCGAAGAGAAACUAGCCCAAGUUGAAACCCUCGAACAAAAAGUAGAACUCCUCACAAAAGAAAAUGAAGAACUCAAGCAAGAGAUUAAGAGACUUAAAGCCAAAGGAGAAUACGCAAAGGAUAAUAAAAGGGACACACUGAAAGAAUAUGAGGAUUAUCUUUAUAAUAAGGUGUUUAAGAAGUUACAGAAUAAUCCUGAGCAAGUCAGGUAUACCGAAUUAGAGCAGAGCUUGAGUAGGAUCCAUGAUUGGAGUGAUGAUAGAAUUGAGGUUGUGAAGAAGGCUUUUAGAGAUAUUUUGGAUAAUAUAACAAGCCUUCAAACCAAGUGCCAUCAGGCUUGUAAUAUAAACAUGCCAAUCAACAAAUUCAUCCAAAAACAAAGUUCAAAAUAAACGCCUUAAAAAGUACUAUUCAAAAUCCUCCCACCUAGAACCCACCCAAGAUUUCUACGCUGGAAUCCAGUACAGUGACAACGUAGUCGACUUCAUUAAGAGAAAUGCAAAGUUUUGUAAUAACUAUAUGAGGCAGAUUAAGAAAAUAGCUAAUACUUUGGUCAAGCAGAGGAAUAAGUUGUUGAAUUUGUACCAAGAUCAUAGAGUGGUGAUGGAAGAUUCGGAUUUUAAUGAGACGUUCUCUAAAGAAGAUUUUAUUAAUGCGUUUAAGAUAGUUGACAAGCUUCAAAAUACUGAAUUUUUGAAACCCCAUUUUCUGUUCAACAUUCCGAAAAAGACACAUUCAAAUCUAAAAUAUGAAGAUGGAGAACUGACAGAAUAAGAAAUAAUAAUUUCAAUACCACAAACUUAACUCGGG